AUGAUCAGCUCACGAAAUACUUUUGUAUACCAACCGAUUUCCACAAUUUCCUUAGAGGAGUUUAAAAUUCAACUCAUACGCCUGCAUCCAGGUGGAUUCAACGAUUGUAUACGUUGUACGAUUUACCAUGCCAGUAUACCCGAAAACCCACCUCAAACAGAGAAUAUUGCACCUCAAGCAGAGUACAUUGCAUUGUCAUACGUGUGGGGCGACCCAAGAAAGACAGAACCUAUCCGACUUGGUUACCAAAAACUCCUCACGAGUGAAACUGCUAGUACACGACCACCCGUUCCCUCCCCAGGGGCGGAUUUCUAUAAAUCAUUCCAAAUAACAACGAACUUAUAUACAGCAUUACGAUAUCUACGAGACCGUGAUUCGAAGCGCAUACUCUGGGUCGACGCCAUUUGUAUCAACCAG